AUGUCGUUCCGCCCGGGCUCCCGCAUCUUCAGCUCUUUCCGACCCUUCUUUCAACGCGCAAAUGCCCGCCGACAUGCCGGCACAGCUGCAGGCGCUGAGCCCGCUGGCUUCCAAAAGUUCUGGAACAGCCCUAUCGGACCCAAGACUGUCCACUUCUGGGCCCCAGUAAUGAAAUGGGGCAUGGUCCUCGCCGGUGCCUCCGACUUCUCCCGCCCCGCUGAAUCUCUCUCCUUCACCCAGAACUUCGCUCUCAUGUGCACAGGCGCCAUCUGGACACGAUGGUGCUUCGUUAUCCGCCCCAAGAACGUUGCCUUGGCUGCUGUCAACUUCCUCGUCUUCUGCGUCGGUGCUACACAGGUCGGCCGUAUCUACGCCUACAACAAGUCUAUCGAGGGCACUGAAGGUCAAGCCAAGGGCGAGAUGAAGGAUCUCAAGCACACUGCUGAGAAGGCUGAACAGAAGGCCGAGAAGGCUCUGAAGUAA